UGGUGCGGGAUAUGUUGGCGAAUGCAUAUCUACGCGGAAAAUAUAGAUUCCCCAGCUUUCAUGCUGUUACUGUGGCAUGGACCUAAUCUGAUGUUUGUCGUUGAUGAAUUCCACACAUCUGAGCUCAUUCUGAGAAUUGCUACGACAGUUUACUGUGAGAACAUGCAGUCAAUAGUUCCUAUAACAAAUAGAUUGCUACCUUUUUCGAUAAUCACUGUUGACAUGUGCCUUGAUGAAGUAGGAAAUCUCGACAGCAACAAAAGCAUUUUCGCAAACUAGGUUAUGGUCAGACCCCAAGUCUGCCAUUUUCACUACUAAAAGUAGUGAUUAUUUCUGCACUGGUUGGUCGCUAACGACUAGUGUACGAUAGUUGUUAGCAUGGUUCCUGGUUAGGUGAAUGGCUCUGCAUGCCAUUGCUCGCCGUGACUGUGUUUGGACAGCAGGCUCACACAAGACCUUGCUAGUGGAAUACGUUCGUCUUUUUCGGUGCAUUAAGCUACGGGAGGCCCACAUGUCGGUGUAAAUAGCGGCACAGCUAUAGUUACUAUAGCCGAGCAAACCUUCGCUAGUCCUUUGGAGCAAAAGGCAGAGCUGAAAUGUUCUCGUGAUGGCUCUUUACGUCUGCAUAAUAAGCUUUAUUUCCUUCAACUUAGUCAAAGAUUUCGGCAGACAUCUUUUAUGGCCGAGUGCUGUUUACUGUGAGCUUAUGUCAAGUGUGCCGAUGAUAUCGCUAGUGCAAUACAGUAGCGGAUAAGGUUUUACUACAUGUUGUACUUCCUGAUAAUGCCUGCCACUUUAACAUGUAUAGAGACAUUAUCAUAUGUCAUAGAAGCGGAUUGGCUAGCUAAUGCGAUAUAUGCGGUGGUGCAGACGGUGGCGUUCAUUGUGAGUGAUUCAGAUCCAAGUGGAGGUAUAAUCAGUGCUUUCGCGAGUGUGAUAUUACCCAAUAAAGCAAAGGGUUCGCAUUCGCUAUACGUUCUAUAGGCCACACUCCCUCAGUGUUCCAAGUUAACGUGUUUUGGCGCCAAGUGACACGUCCCCUUGUUCAUCGCUGAAAAUGGACUUAUCUGAUGCCUGCAGUAAAACGCGCGUACCAGCUCUGUUCGAACAAGGCUUAACGAUAGCAUCCAAAAUGGAAGAUUCGGAGACGUCUAGUGAAGAUACCAAAGGCGGCAACGAACUAGUUAAUAGCAACGAUCCAGCUCAACCCGAAGGAACAACACUUAGAGAUAUAGCUGACAAGGACAAAGCAGGAUCUCAAAGCCACGAUAGGAACGAGCAAACGGUAGGGACGUUACUUCUAACAGCUAACCCACACGUGCCUGCGAACUACGUCCACGAUAAACUUGUCAACGACUGUGUCGAUGACAAUGACACGAGCAUUUCGGAGAGUGAAGGCGAGGAGUGCUCUCAAGGGCCACGAUCCGGGGAUCGUAUAUCAUCUAAGGCGAAAUUCGAGAAGAAGAGCAAGGUCGGGCGGAAUCGGCUGAAGCCAUUCAUUAAUCUCGUCAAAACAUCGCCGAUGUUAAAACGGAGGUUUGGCAAGGAGGUAUCGCUGGGAGCGACAUCGUUACCGAAGAGCGACGUCGUUCAUCAGACCCACGUUAGGCAGAAAGCAGCAGCUGCCACGCGCGAGUUCUCCAGCAUGGCUGAGCUUCUGAGCGUCAGCAGCGUCGUCGUCGAAGCGAUCGCGAAGUCGGAUUACAUGCAAUGUGCUGGUAUGUCGCCAAUUUGCUACAGCGAUAAACUGCCUGCUGCGAAGCUCGGGGCGAGAUGCCGCGGGCUGGCCGAGGUCGCAAAGCACAACAGUACGGUGCAGACGGUGUUCGACAAAUUGCGCCUCCAACGGAAAACACAAGACAAAAAAGGUGGCGGAGUAUCGAGCAGGAAGAAACUUCAGAUGAUUUCCGAUAAAGAGCAGAAACGUAAGGCGGAUGUAGAUGUUAGAGAUGAGCUGCUCGAAUGCAUCUCCUCCUUAGAUCCCGGGUGGGAAUCGGUGUCACUCUCAAGCGGUAGUCAGUCGGACAGCUUAGAAAACUGUAAGGAUAUUUCGGCAAGGAAGAAGUCGCCGGUUUAUGAUGACGCAGGAAUAUCAAUGUUUGGAAGCCUAACAUCGAAUGCAGUGUAUGUCAUGUGUGCGAAGGAACAGGACUCAAGCAGGUGUGAAGCCGCACUGUCAUUGAAGACCUACCGGAAACAAGGCAUGGAUGGUCAGCUGUUCUGCGAAGAUCAUGAGCCACCAGCCACAGAAAAUGAAAAGGCAAAGGCUGAAGACCUGUUUGACAUUCUGGAGCGAAUGCAGGGAAAUCGGCUUGAUGAACAGCGAUGCAACCUUCCAGUCUCUUUCCUGCAGAACGAAGGAAAAGCGACCCCCAUGCGCAGGAGGAAGGAGAGUCCGACAGCAGCCGAGGUGCGGGAGAUGCUGCUGCAGUCUGGCCCCUAUCCGAUGAUUGUCCUGCCGCAAGCUGCCAGCAUCUACUGGGCUGACGGUCUGGAUUCAGACUCCACCACUGAGACCACCGAGUCCGUGGCAUCGAGCAACGAGAAGUACAAGUUUGAGUUCAACGAGGUGGCGAAAUGUUACAGGCGGCACUUCUUGGGGAAGGAGCAUUUCAACUUUUUUGCCCAAGAUGAAGUAGUCGGUCCAAUAGUAUUAUCUGUAAAGACCGAGACCAUCUCCUCACAAGAACACACUCGGCUUAUACUGAGGACAAAGAUGAGCACAGUACAUGAGUUGGUACCAGCAACCUGUCUGCAGGACUGCCCAACGCCAGCACGUACUGCUAAGCUUCUCUGUGAGCAGAUAACUACGGACAAGUUUCAUCCUGUCCUCUUCACAAAGGGUUCGGAGAUUAUCUGCGCCUACGAUGAGCAUGUCCUAGUCAACACGUUCAAGUUUGGCAUCUGCUACCAGCGACGUGGCCAGGUGACCGAAGAAGAACUUUUCGGCAACAUCAACCACAGUGCGGCCAUGGAAGAGUUCCUACAGAUGAUUGGACAGCGAGUCACCCUCAAAGACUUCAAAGGAUAUCGAGGAGGACUGGACACGGUGCAUGGCCAGACAGGGCUAGAGUCUAUAUACCAGACAUACAAGGACCGAGAAAUUAUGUUUCACGUCUCGACUUUGCUACCGUAUGGAGAGGGAGACCCUCAACAGCUGCAGCGGAAGCGACACAUCGGGAACGACAUUGUCUCCAUCAUCUUCCAGGAGACAAACACACCGUUUAUUCCUGACAUGAUCGCAUCCAACUUCCUGCACGCGUAUAUCGUUGUUCAGCCGAUUAACCCCAACACAGAAAAUACCAAAUACAGGGUGGCAGUAACAGCAAGAGAAGAUGUGCCAUUCUUUGGCCCUACUCUGCCAUCGCCACCUGUUUUUGAGAAGGGACCAGAAUUUAAGGAUUGGCUUAUAACAAAGUUGAUCAAUGCUGAGAAUGCCUGCUACAAGGCAGAGAGAUUUGCAAAGUUAGAGGAGAGGACGAGGUCUUCAUUGCUAGACUCCCUCUACAAUGAGCUGCAGAGCAAGACAGAGGAGAUCUUUGCCCAGCAGACAAAUGCAAACUCCUUACCGAAGUCGGAGAGCAGCUCCUUCUUUGAUUCACUGAAGAAAGUGUGGGGUACCAGGGCACAGACAAUGCGCAGCCAAUCAGUGGACAUCAAUCUCUCAUCAGGCACGAAUAGGAAGUCUGCAAUUAUUGACACGAAUUCAAACGUGACUUUAUUGGACCAAAGUUCUACAGCAACGACUCUGUUGACCAAAAAGGGGUCAGCGUCUAAGAACCUGAACAGCAGCCUGAAGCGACGAGAGAAGAAUCUGGAAGGCUCAGCUUCAGCUCCAUCAUCCAUAAAGCCAGUGCAGAGGAACUCCACUGAAAGCUGCAGUAGUGGUAUGACGCAGUGUUCAUACAAAACAUGUGGCAUGCCCGAUACUCCAGUCUCCAGUCCCGAGAGUGGCCACAUACUGACUAUCAAAUCAAGAAGUUGCCACAAUCUGAAAGGACUGUCACCAUCUAAUUCCACUAGCAGCAUUAAUUCGGUUGAUGAGUGCAACAGAAACCACUGUAACAAUCACCACAAUGAGGACUCAGACACAGGAAUGGAAAGCAUGUCGUCCGCAGAGACGCCAAACAAGCGCAUGUCAAUGUCUUGCAGCUUUUGCUUAGAAGAGACGGGCUACUCGGUUAACUAUGAUAAUGAUGCCCUGCUUAAGCAGCUGGAGAACAACAAACAGGAGGUAAACAAGCUCAAGUGUGACAAAUUAGACCUCAUACGACAGAACGUUGCAUGCCAGCGAGAUAUCAAGAAGCUAAAGGAACGGGAGGGCAAACUGACGUCUGAUAUUUCAGCACUAAACAAAGAAAUAUCACGGUUACGAAUAGUUCUACAGCAACGGGACCCACAGGUUAUUGCCAUAGUGUGACAGCAGAGCUAUCACUCUGUCACCUGAGUAACACCGCCGUUGCUCACUGUUCCAUAUGAUUGUUGCUACUUAUCAUGCUUAUAUCACAGCGCAUAAAAUUCUCCUUUAUAUUCCGCAUAUAAAGACACACAUUUGUACGUUCUUCAUCAGUAUUAGCAGAUGACAGUAAGCAACUAGCAGGAGGCAACAUUUCUCCUGAACAAGUGACGCUGCUUUCACCUAACGCAGUCUAAUGAAGACUGCUGUUGUGCUCCUCCAAGAGUGCAAUUUCCUCACAUUCAUAGAGCCCACACUGUACGGCCCCCCCCCCCGUAUCAAUAGCCCGACAAUAAAUGAGCUCCUAAUUCUGCAACAUGCUUGAUGAGGUGUUGUGAGAAAAUGUCCGCUCACCUGCUAAAUGUCGCAGGCGAUGUUGCACGUCUACACCAUGCAGCCUUUAAGUUUAAUGCCAGUUGUCGCUCAACUAGUGUUGAUCGUUUAAAAGCAGGCCGCAAUACGUAUGUGUGCAUGUAAAUUUUUGUCUUCCUGGUGGAAAGGGCAAACGAGCCCAGACUGAUGGUCAUAAUCCCGAGUAUUUCUUAGGUGUAAUAGAGGAAACUCGUAUAUAUUUUGCUAAACUUGUAAACUAUUAGCAUUAUUACUUGUGCGCUUUGUAAAUUAUGUUGACAAUCACAGUAACUAUAAGCUGCUGUAAGCGUCUUGCCAUUACUAGGGUCAUCUUCUCUGAUGCUUGAGACCUUGGAUAUGUAGUUGCCAUAUAGCCGGUACGAUUUGAUGUAUGUGUGUAUAUAUAUAUAUAUAUGUGUGUGUGUGUGUGUGUGUGUGUGUGUGUGUGUGUGUGUGUGUGUGUGUGUGUGUGUGUGUGUGUGUGUGUGUGUGUGUGUGUGUGUGUGUGUGUGUAUAUCUCUGUUUUCCGUGAAAAUGGGAAAAGUAAUAUUUAAAUUUUAACCAGAAAUUGUAUUUAUUGUGUGAAUAAUAAUAAUAAUAAUUUGGCACUGAGAUCGUUGAUUAUCAUAUAUCACAGUUUUUGGCUUUUAUAUCAACAAGUCAAUAAUUGUUCAUCCUAGUUGUAUGUAUCGUGUAUGCAUCCAGGACAAGAUUACAUUUCCGUGUGAGCCGCUGCGAUGUAGGUUAGAUUGCACGUUAUGCUAUGUAUGAUAAAUGUGUACGUUAUGGCAGCUUUAUAAUUAGCAUUUUGACAAUUAUACAGCUGAUUGUCAGCCAGCAAUUGGAAUGGGUGUGGAGUACCGGGUUUUUUAGAGAAGCGUAAUUGUUCUAUUGGAUAUGGAUUACCGAAUGCGCAAGCCUGAAAUUAUAUGUAUUAGUAAUAUAUAUAUUAUCAGGAGUCUAUCAAUAGUUGUCACUAUUUAUAGUUGUCACUAUUUAGCCAAGUACUGUCGUGGCCAUUGACUAGUCUUGGCUUAAUUGACCGAAAUCUGCUUAAACCGGCUUCAGUGGUACGUCCUCUAUCAACCGCACUUCACCUUUUCAUGACUUUGCUCAGUCAGUCUUGAAGUAAAUUUCCAUAAGGCAGAUGUUCUGUUUAAAAGGUGUUUCCUAGUUCUUGUAAUUGUGGGUUCUGUUCAUGGCGGUCUCGUUACUUAUGCCGUGUAAGUUUGCCAUGCUCUUUCUGUAUGCAACUGCUUUGUGCAACCAGUUUCAUUUUACAUCAUUCCAAAUUAUGGUAAUGGGAAGUCAUAACCAAGGUUGUAUAACAGGGAAACUGUUUUUCCAGACACCAUAAUUCUAUCACCAGUAUCACAAUAAUAGAAUAGAUAGCGAGUGCUGCAAAAAGAUGUUAUGUGUACAAAGAUGUUAUUUAAGGUUGGUACCAAAAUAAAUAAGCGAUGUUCUUUUAAGCUAUUA